CAGCCCCCGCGCAUGCGCAUGCGCAGCAGUAGGCGCGCCUGGCCCGGCGUGCGCGUGACUUCCUCCUGGCGCCGGGCGGGCGGCGCCGUGACGUCACGCGGGCUGCGGCGGGAAGUUUGGAAAGGCGGCGGGCGCCAUCGUCCCUCCGCGCCCCACCGGGACAGUGCUGUUAACGGAUGGAGCUAAGGUCUGCAGCUCUGCAAACACGGAUGCAAAUUGCAGUCCUCAUCAGAUGUUUUAAGCCACUGAUGUACAGCAGUUGUAUGAGGAUGUAAAUAUCUGUGAAAUAAUCUGUUGGAUGACUCUUUUGUCAAAGGAAUGGCUUCUCAGGAAUUUAGUGUAUUAUAUACUCACCAGAAAAUGAAAAAAUCAAAAACGUGGCAGGAUGGAAUUCUGAGGAUUAGAACUAGCGGAAAUAAGGCUAUCUUGUUUGAUGAUAAAGGACAAUGUUUGGAGAGUUUUUUUAUAAAAUCUCAGGUGAAUACUGGAGAUAAUUUAGAAAGCGAACGAUAUUUGAUUGCAGUUGAAGCAGUAAAAGUGAGUGAAAAGUCUUUCGAAGAUCAGCCAAGGAAAGCAGAAACUCCAGCCAUGGAUAGAAGUGGUGUAAAACCCGGUGUUCUGCCUCCCAGGCAUCUGUCUGUCGGCUUGAAAAGGAAGUUUACGGGUUUCCAAGGGCCACGCCAAGUUGAAAAGAAAAUAUCGACAACAGAGGAUGGAGAAAAACCAACAAUAUUGCCAUUAUCUAAGCAGUGUCAGGGUACUUUUCCAUCCAAGUUUUACAUUACCUCUCCAUUAUUUUCUACGAUUUGCAAGAAGGAUGCGGAAACAAAUCUAUCCGCAGGCUUUCACGAAGAUGCGUGCACGGAUAAUGGUAGAGAACACGUGUCUCUCUCCUCACUGCUUUCAGCUCCAUUUCUUGACAGGUGUGAGGAGGCAGAGAAGGAGAACUCUGACCAGUCCAUUGCGAUGCCAGUACCUCCUCUAAUUACCGGGCGUGCCAAAUCUAGUAGCCAGACAGCCGGUCACGGGGCAGCGUCGCACAACAUCAGGAGCACAGCACAGAUAAUAGCUCUUUUGAAGUCUAAACCAACGCAACGAUGCGGAGAGCAAACGUCUGAAGUCAUAGAGCAUCUUUCUGGGUUCCAGGCGUCAGAAAAUGCAGCUAGUUUAUAUAACAAAAAAAGCACAUUCCUACCUGCUUUUUCGGGCAACCCUGCCGAAAGACUCGUUCAAAAUAUGCAGCACCUGCCUUCUAUCGAGGGAACUGUGAAUGAUGAAAAGGAAUGGAAUGCUGAAUUGCUUCUACAUUCAGCUGAACAACCCUGUGGUGAAGAAGACGCAGGACAGAGGUGUGAGAAAAAGGCCAAUAAUUUAAGUCAAGAUUUACAAGAUCCCUGCAAUACAAAUAGUUGCUUCCUACCUGAAUCUACCAUACGCAGAAUGAGCGACAGUCAGUUUGUCCCACCCUCGGGUGACAUUUUGUGUUCAGCCAGUCCAAUCACCUUUGAAGAAAAUCUCUCCAGAUACAGGGAGCAUUCGGUGACUAAUGCUCUUGAGGAGCGAGGUUGCGAAGUGAGGUUGCAAAGUGAGCUUCAGCCAAGACUAAGUUCAGAAAGAGCGCCUGGCGACCCGGAGCUCUCUGUGGGUGUAACGUUGACUGAAACUGGAAUUGUAAAGGAGGGAAUAAGUACACACAGCAAAGACUGCGGUCCAGAUGAACAGGUGAUGGAGGUAAACUUUAAUCUAAUGGAGGCUUUUGAUUUUAAUGACACAGACAAUGAAGAGCUGUGUGAAAGAGAUGUGAAUAAGCUCGCUGAAGGAGACAUGCUUUCACAAAGUCCAGGUUGCUUAAAGGGAGAAGACGCAGCAGAGCAUAGUGUGUUGAGACUUCAUUCUUGCUGUGAAGUAGUGACACGCAGUGAAAAUGAAGAAGUCAAAUGCUCAAUGUUUGACAGUGAGAACAAUGGCAAUGAGUGCCCUGAGGGUAUGCCCUCUCAGCUUUGCGACAACAGUGUCGGAGAUACAGGGAGAACUGCAGAAGACUCUGCAAACCAGACCAGAAUUGAAGUGGAACUUUUGAGUGAUGGACACAAUGCAAAAGAGAUUAAUGAAAGUCAAUUAGGUAUUAAGAAGGAUCUUGAUGGCUGUGCAGCGCUUACCGUUAACGGCGUGUCACGGAUAAAAAGCAAACGCGCUGAUCUUUUGCCUGGUGAGACUGAAUGUCACUCUAAAAACAGUACGUUUGUGGAACAUGAAAUACUUCCGGUUAUUUCUGCCAGCAGAAUCAUUUCUGCAAUGGACAAAAGAUCCGAAGAUGAUCUUAAACAGCUUGGAUGCACGAAAUCCCCAGAUGCUGAUUUCAAACACUUCUGGGGUAGUAAGAGUGACAGCAUGAAACCAGGUAGUCCUUUGCUGGCUUUGUCACAAAACCCAGAUCCUAGCUAUGGCUCAUUCCAAUAUAUCGCAGAAGACCAUCAAAAGGUAUUUGGCAUUUCACAUAAGGAAGAUACUCUCAUCUCCAGAAGCUCUAUCUAUCCUUUAGGAAAAGGCCGCUCAUCCCCAGAGGAAACAGCAGUAGGCGAAACUGAGCUUAAAAAUGUAGAGAGCAUAAAUGCCUUUCAUGGAGCCUGCAAAGGUGAAAGAGUAGGAACGGAUUGCCUGAAAUGCACGGCAAUGGCUGAAAAUUCAUCAGAUCUUCCCGAUUUGGUAAACAAUAUUGCUCUUCUAAGAGCUUUGACUCAACAUAGCACAGCAUUAGAAAGCUUACAAAAGAUGAAGGAAAAUAAUAGCAUAUUCCAUGAAGCAGAGACUUCUAAAGAGAUACUUGAAGCCCCUAUGAAAGAUGAAGCCAUAAAACAGUUUACAGAAAUGCCUUACUCAGAAAGUAUACAGGCAUCUUCCUGUUCGUACUUUGAUUCUUCUGGCCUUAUGCCCAACUGUGUGGACAAUUCAUUACAGAAAGCAGAGGCGUGUAUUCUACCAAUAGCAGCGGCCCAAAGAAACCCUAGGACAUCUGACUGCCAACCAAAGUCUCCAGGCUCAAGAAGUCUUCGUGAGGGUGAUAUCAUCUUUAUCGGAGAAGAGAAUUUUCAAAAGAAGUCUAACACUAUUAAAAAGUCAAGAAUGGAUCAGUCCCCAUCGGCAUUGCACGUGCGUUCUGAAGUUCCGCCGCGGACUAUGUCAAGCUCACCCUCACGUUCUGAUUUGAGACAAACGCAGUGGACUUCAUGGGAACCUGGCAAGAUGAUCUCCUCAGUGGAACUGACUGCCUCGCUUGAUCCAGACUCUACAGUUUCUCCGGCUUCGGGAAGUGAGGAAGCUAUGGGAGACAUCCAGGAGCCCCUGAUACACAGGAUCUUGCCAAGUGAACCGGAACUUUCAGAAUUGUUUUUCACACGGGAGAAAUCCAGCUAUCCGGAGGAAUGCGGCCUCUCGAGGUUCAAGCCCACAGUUAAACCACGAACUCCGUUUGUCACUCUUCCUGCCACCGAGGAGAUUCCUGGCGCAGUUUAUCCAACUCCCAGCGAGGAGGUCCAGCCAUCUUUCAGCUCUUCAGCAGUCAAUUUAUGCAACAAGGCGGCGGUAUUUCCUAUUAGUGCUUUUGGCCCCGAGGACAGAAAUUAUGAAACCUCCGUGUUUGGAGAGUAUACGGAAGACGGACAAUGGGAAUCUGUACGAGCAGUGUUCCCUAAUGCGACUUCACAAUGCAGACAAAGCAAGUGGCUAAAAUAUCAAAACAGUCCUCAGUGUGACUCGGUAACUCAAAACAGCGAUGAUAGGGAAGUGAGUGAUGACAUCUGUGCUGAGAACGUCCUUGGAAUGCUGCUGGGUGACACAGGACAGAGCAGUGCUGUGAAUAAAAGUGCUCCCGGCUCUGCACCUCUACAGACAGCCAAGAGCAUGCUUGGUAAACGCUGUGCCAAUAUCAGCGACCAGGAUACGAUUUCAGAGAGGAAGUUACUUUCUCCGCACUUAAGUCAGACACCUUUGGCUGAAGCAACACAAAAGGUGUUAAGUCAUUUGAGCUGCCACACUGUAACAGGAGAUGGCCAGGACAUAACGAUUUCUGAGUUGUCUUUUCCUAAUGUGGAUAAAGUCAAAUAUGCUAAUCUUCCUAAAAGAAAGGUUUCCAUACCAACUGUGUUUCAGUCUCACGUUCACUACAAACAGAUAUUUAAAGCUGCUCUGACAGAGCAAUUAAACAUAAUGCUAUUUGAGUUGUCACAAAGAUUACACAAUGCUCUUUCAAAAGUGGAUAUUUCAUUUUACACUUCAUUGAAAGAUGGGCAAAGCGAGAGCAAAGAGAGCUGCGUUCCACUCUGCAGUCACAUGCAUCCUGCUAAGCUUGUUGUGGUUAAAAAAGAAGGUCAAAACAAGGGUCGUUUGUUCUAUACCUGUGAUGCCCCAAAAGCUGAGCAGUGUUCGUUUUUCAAGUGGGUGGAAGAUGUGAACCCCGCCCAGAUAAAAUCCAGACCUAGUGUAGUGCUUCACGAUAUAAAAAGUAUUGGCACAUACGUCAGAAGUCAAAAGAUUUCUCUCUAUGAGGGAUGCCAGCUUUUGGUGAGGAAAGCCUUUGAAAUUCAAACACAGCAGUGUAGCAAGUUCAAGAAAUUUAUGAAUACCAGAUCUGAGGGUGAUUCCAAAAACAAAUUAUACCUCAGACUAAGCAGAAAGGAGCAUUAUUCUCUCUAUAGCAAAGAUGAUAUUUGGGUUGUUUCGAAGACUCUGAACUUUGAUCCCCUUGAUACGUUCAUUGCAAGUAGUGCUUUCUUUGGACCAUCCUCCAACAAUGAAGUAGAAUUACAACCGCUGAAAGGCUACUCUCCCUCAAACUGGCGAUCAAAUAUGUUCGUUCAUGCUUUGCUGGUUUGCAAUGCUAGCGGUGAGCUUACAUCCUUAAGAAAUAUGGAGGAGCAUUUCAAUCCAUCUACGUUACCACUAAUACCAUACCUACUACAAAUGAAUUUUGAUUCUGAAAAGGCUACCAAAAGAGUCAACAGAAGAAAAUUUAUUCCACCUGCCAUGAGCCUGAAACCCACAAUGAUGCAUGGGCCUCUCAGCACUGAAGUGGCGAUGGGACUAGCUAAAAAGAUGAUCCAAACGUUCUCAUUGAACCCAGAUCAAGCUACAUCGCUGAUUCAGAUAGCUCAGAUGAUGACCGCCUGUGAAAAUAUCAAACCCGUGGAAGGACAUCAGAUCUUUCCUAUCACAAUCAUACGUGGUGUUUUUGGAGCUGGAAAGAGCUAUCUGCUGUCUGUUGUGAUCUUGUUCCUAGUACAGCUCUUUGAAAGCAGUGAAGCUACAGCGGGUCCAAGACAGGCUCCAUGGAAACUUCUGAUCGCUUCCUCCACUAACAUUGCUGUUGACAGGAUACUGCUGGGACUACUUGAUCUUGGAUUUGAGGAUUUUAUCAGAGUGGGAAGUAUUAGGAAAAUCACCAAAGCAAUUCUUCCCCAUAGUUUACAUGCUGGCUCAGGAAAUGAAAAUGAGCAGUUAAAAGAGCUGCUCGCUCUCAUGAAAGAAGAUUUAACUCCAGCUGAAAAAAUGUAUGUCAGGAAGAGUAUUGAGCAACAUAAACUGGGGACCAAUAAAACUAUACUGCAACAGGUAAAAGUGGUCGGAGCGACCUGUGCUGCCUGCCCAUUCCCGUGCCUGAAUACUCUUAAGUUUCCUGUGGUGAUGCUGGACGAGUGCAGUCAGAUGACUGAACCUGCUUCUCUCCUUCCUAUUGCAAGGUUUCAGUGUGAAAAGCUAGUCCUUGUUGGAGACCCCAAGCAAUUACCGCCAACUAUUCAAGGGUCUGACAGCGUUCACGAGAAGGGAUUGGAGCAGACUCUCUUUGACCGGCUUUGCUUAAUGGGACAUAAAACAAUACUUCUUCGGACACAGUACCGAUGUCACCCUGCUAUUAGUGCCAUAGCCAACGAGCUGUUCUAUGAAGGAGAUCUGAUAGAUGGUGUUUCCGAGAAAGAUAGAGGUCCUUUACUGGAUUGGCUUCCAACACUAUGUUUUUAUAGUGUUAAUGGGGUAGAGCAGAUGGAAAGAGACAACAGCUUUUAUAACACGGCAGAAGCUCAUUUUACAGUCAAGCUCAUCCAGUCUCUGAUUGCAAGUGGAAUAGAAGGAUCUGCAGUUGGUGUGAUUACUCUGUAUAAAUCACAGAUGUGUAAGAUUCAGAAUUUGCUCGGUGGCAUGCACUCUGAGGCUUUUGAGAUUAAAGCUGUCCAGGUGUCCACCGUAGACGCGUUCCAAGGAGCUGAGAAGGAGAUCAUUGUCUUGUCGUGUGUAAGAACAAGACAGAUUGGGUUCAUAGACUCGGAGAAGAGAAUGAACGUUGCCCUAACAAGAGCAAAGAGGCAUUUGUUGAUUGUUGGAAAUCUGGCCUGUUUGAGUAGGAACAGACUCUGGGGAAGAGUAAUUCAUCACUGCAAAGGAUGGGAAAAUGGAUUACAACACGUAAGCCAGUGCGAGCAGCAGCUGAACGACAUUCUUAAGCGUUAUUUGGAGAAACGGAAGGAAGAGGAACAGAAUAAGAAAAAGGAAAAAAAGAAUGCACCUACUUUAUGAAGAAAAUAGGAGUUACGUGUCUAUAAAAAUUAUCAGAACGAUUGCAAAUCUAAUAUUUAUAUUUAAGGUGGGAAAUUUUUGUUUGUAUCUCGGUGCACUGAAACUUCUGUUUUGAUUCCUUGUUUGUAUGACUAAAAAUGAAUAAAGUGACUUUAUCUGCUCAAUAACUGAAAUCCUUUUAUGCUU